GGGAUAUGAGAACGCAGCCGAUCGCCAGCGGACGGGCAUCUCGGGGCAGAUCAUGCGCCUCCGAUGUGAGAACGCGGUCUAAGGAAGGUGUCAAGUGAUGGACGAGGAGGGCGGAGUGGAGGGGCUACCGCAGGGCGGCGGUAGGGCGACGGAGGGGCAACAGAGGGGCAACGGACGACUACGGAGGGGCGUGAAGAUGCAAGGAUUGACGGACAGAUCAACAGACGGACGGUCGGGCAGGCGGACAUGCCCUACGCAGCCCCACGCCCGAAGCAUUGCUCGGCGCCGUCCCUCCCUUGACCCCGCUUGCCGCUGCUCGCCACCGCUACCCCUGCGCCCAUCCUUCCCCGCUCCCCGUUUACCUCCAAGCUUCUGCGCUUACCUCUUGGUUGCUCCGUGCUGCCAUUCCCCGCGAUCUCCGUCCGAAUCCGUCACGCGCUGUAACGGUUCGAUCGCGCGAGUCACUGGCACUCACCACGACCGUUCCUGCGCCCAGCCUAGUCAGCCGACGCAAGGAUUGGCCAGAGGCUCGCACCACUCGUCGGCCUGGGCCUCUCCAGCGCUUUGGCCUCUUGAGCGAGCGAGAAUAUUCGGCCGGCACAGUUGCUCAAGGCCGAAAUGGUGGGCGACUAGAAGGAACGAUGGAGGCCAUGGAUGGGAGUUGUUUGAGCAAAGUCGAGCGGUGGCGCAUGGCGCAUGGCGUGCGGAAAAGGCGUUGAUGGUCUGAACGGCAUAAGCGGGGGUGAGAGGAGUGGAGUGAAGUAGAGUGGGAGGGAGGGAAGGUGAAGGUCCUCUCCCUCCCCCAACGUCCGUGCAGAGCGCGCAGUGACCUCCCUCGACGAUUUGCCGCCGCUCACCGCUGGCUGAAUGGCUUGGACGGCGGCGACGGACGAUCGGGCGAAGUGAACGCCCAGACACACAAUCAAUCUUCCACCGUUCCGCUCUCUAUCCCAGUCCUACCACGCGUCCUUCAUCCUCACACCGCCAGCCCCGCGA